GGAUUAGAUGUGUGCAGUGUCGUCAGUCUGGUUUGUUACUGUUGUUGUCCUCCUGUCAAUCAAAGGGGGAGGUCACUCGUGCACUCACUCGUGCUGCUAGCAUAGCCGGGCUGCGAUUAAAGCCAAACGGGAAGUCGAACAAAGUUGCAGGUUUAAUUUCACUCCUUUAACUCGCACUUGGUUGGAGGAAGAAACACGGACAUGAGCUCUUCUAGCUCCCUGACAAUUGGGGAGGUAUUCCACACACUUGCCGAGAUGGGCUUCACAGAGGAGCAGAUCCAAGCAGCUAUGCAGGCUGGGCACUUUUCUGUGUCCGAGGCAGCUGAGUGGCUCCUGCAAGGUCACGAUCAUCCACGACACAGGUUGUUCAAGCAGUCGGCGCAGCCAGCCGAGGCGGCUUUUUCGGCAUUUAACCCACCUAAAGAGUCAGCGAGCACGUCUGAGUCGUGCACCCCUGAUGCCGACUGUCAAGCUUUCUGUGUUCCCACAGCAAGCGGCUCAGUAGCUCUGACGCCGGCGGCGUCUCGAGAGCUGCCGCCACUGGAGUCACGCAUCAAACCGGACAACAGUGACUUUGAAGAGCAGCAGAGGCAACUUGUGGCUCAGGCGGCCAGGGCGGAGAGGAGGCAGAAGAAACAGGAGCGAGAGUUAGUGCUAAAGCGCAUCGCUGAGGAUCGCAGGAGCUUGCAGGAGAAGCAGAUCCACAGCGGCUCUCUCACAGAGGUGUCUCCUCCCAAUGGCGGGCGAGGCCAAAAGCUAGGAGGAAAGGUUGAGACUAAUGUGGACAACAACUGUAUCCUCAUGAUUCGCCUGCCGUCCGGUGAGUCCAUGCGCGAACGCUUUCCAGCUGACGCCCCUCUGCGCAGCGUAGUGGAGCAUAUCACCGGACGUCACCCCUCCCUCCCCACCUUCUCUCUCCUCCAGGGGUUCCCACGCAAACGCUUUGGGGAGGCGGAGCUUGCAUGCUCGCUGCGCUCCCUCGGCCUCACGCCCAACGCGGCUCUGUGUAUUCAGACAACACCCCCAGACACCCCCCAGGACUCGUCCAGUCCGGCAGAGCCGCAGGCACCCUCUGAGGUGCAGCCUGCAGCGCGUGUCCCCGACCAGGAGGGGGCAGACCUUGUAAUACCACCUCCACUACCUAACCAGAUAUGGGAAGAGGCUGUGAACAUGGCAGGGAUCCCUGGAGGUCCUCCUCUGCCUGGACCUUCUCACUUUUGGGGGCGGGGCCAGAGAUUAGUUCCGGGCAAUCCUGAGGAAGCUGCCAUUGUGGAACUGGAAGAGGAAGAGGAGGAAGAUGACGACGAGGGUGAAGUGCCAUACAUGCUUAACGGAAUGCCAAGGCUGCCUUUCUUCCCAGAGAACAGGAACCGUGGCGGAUUUGGGUCCAGACACCACUGGCCAGAGCAAGGCAAUCGACUUAGGGAGCCUCCAGUGGACGACCCAGCUGAACCGGAGGCAGCAGACGGCCAGGUGGCACCGGGAGCCGCUGGUCUGGCUGCGGUGGAGCGUCUCCAAAGAGCGGCACAGCAAGAAGACUCUCACGCCUCAAGAGGACAGCCCUUACCCCCAAAAAGACCCUUCAAGACUCCCAGCGUUCCCUCCCUCUGUGCCUUGGCCACGCGAGCCACCGUCCACCUCAUGACCGCGCCCAGCAUGCAGUACAGCAGCAGCUUGGCCGGCCUGACCCCCGAGCUGGCCGAGCUUCUUCUCAACCACAUGGCUCACGAGAGACUGCUGCGCCCGCGCAACCUGGAGCUGUUCUUUGGCUGUCCGCUGCAGAAGUUUGCCCUCAACUCCUACCCGUACUGCACCAACGAGCUGCUGCGACAGCUGCGGGCCUUCACGGCGCUCAAGCACCUCAGUCUGGUCAACUCGCCUCUCAUCACAGACUCUGGCCUGUCAAUCCUGUCCAGCUUGGUCAAACUCCAGCACCUCAACCUGGCCUCUUGCAACAAACUGACCGACUCUUGUCUGCAGUAUCUAACAGGUCUAAAGAGUCUGAGUUUCCUGUCGCUGGACCACACCAAAGUGACCGACACGGGGGUAAUGCUCUACCUGCAGUCCGCCCCGCCCUGCCUCUCUCAGCUCAGCCUCAACCAGACGGCGGUUAGCGAAGUAACGCUGGCGGCGCUGCCCAGCUGCGUGCCACAGCUACGUCUCCUCAGUAUUAAGCAGACAAAGGUUGAAGAUGUGUCAGCUUUGGCCCAGCUAAGGGGACUGCAGACGCUGUUCUUGGAUGGGACAGGAGUAGCAGAGGCCUCGCUAGCUCAACUCGGCACCCACCCGACCCUGACGUCUCUUAGCUUGGCAGGGAUCCGCGUGGCGGACGGCAACCAUGCCCUGCAGAUCGUAUCAGGGCUUCGGUUAACUCAGCUGACCCUCCCGGGGCGUCACACCAUCACUGACAGCGGGCUGGCGUUCCUCUCAAGGCUGCAUCUGCUCUCUGAGCUCGACCUGACGGAUUACACCCAAGUUACAGACCAAGGAGUCCAACAGCUCUGCACAAUGACCAGGCUAAAGAAGCUUUCACUGAGCAACACUCAGGUGACAGAUGUAGGGCUUACCUCGCUACGCCCCCUGCUGGAGCUGCAGGAGCUCUGCUUGGAUCGAACGGCCGUCACCAGCCAAGGAGUGGCGGCGCUCAUCACCUGCCUGCCGCACCUCCAGGUGUUGGGGUUAGCCAGCACCCAGGUGGGCGACAAUGUGGUCAGGAGGGGUCUUAUUCACUGCGAUCAGCUGGUAAAGCUGAAUCUCAACCGCACACGAAUCACAGAUCACGGUGUGAAGUUCCUCAUGCGCAUGCGUCUGACUCAGGUCAAUCUGGACGGGACUGGCGUGAGUCUGGCAGGCAUCGCCAGCCUCCUCACAGCCACACACAUCAGCAGCAUCCGCGCGAGCAACACUCGUGUCAUCCCCUUAGACGACGUGUCCGACGAGGAGUGGCAAGAUCACUGAAGACGGACCACCACCACCGAGCAUGCCACUUGCCGGCCCCUCGUAGCACCUUCUGCCAUCACAAAACACACUCCUAUUUGCACUGUUGCUCCACUAAUCUAAGCAGCUUUUGUACAAAAAAAAGCUUUAAAGCAGCAUCGUGUACAGAAAGACAGCUGUAGUACCUGUAGUGGCCACAUGAGGAAGCAAAGAGCAAACAGCAUGUUGAGGAUGCAGCGCGUAUCAUGAAAUAAAACAUUUCAAUUGUGUAAAUUUUCGAUGCUUUAAUUUUAUGACAAUGUUAGUUUGGGAAUCAAACAAGGACUUAAUUUUUCUAAUGUAAUUUUGUAGUUCAGUUUCCUUUACAAAAGGACAAUGUUCAUCCUUCAUUUCACCAUGCUAUCAAGUCCUGCUGCUAACGGGCUACUUGCACCAACCAACACUUUUUUUCAUUUUUGUUGAAUAAACUCCGCAUACAGUGUG